CUGAUUGUCAGUGUCAAAUGAACCAGAGGAGUAGUCGCUGGUGUUUUUAUAAUUUUAAAAUUCUUCACAAUUUCACGCCGUCUAGAAUAAUUUGUUUUGGGUUAAGUAAUAUUCUUUAUUAAGAUAAUUCAUGUGAAUGGCGAUGUGGAAUUUCAGAACUAUUUGAAGUAACUUCCCAACUUAAGAAGUGUUCAGAAUAACUGUUGAGAUCUUCACAAAGGGUUCAAAGAUGACAACAGUGGAGAGUAGCGACGUGCCCCGCUUUGAUGUUGAGAAAGCAGAGCACACGAGCACUGCGGCGGAGUUGUCAGCUGCGCAGCGCGCCCGCAUCGAGCGCAACCGUCUGCGUGCAAGACAGCUGAGGGAUGCGCGCCUCGUGGCUCGGCCCAAUGUCUGCGAACGCAUCCCUGCGCCCAUCGCAGCCACGGACAGCGGUGGCGGCUUCAUACCUGAAGAAGAGGAGUCUACUCUCCCAGUGCGGGCCGUCCCGCAACCUGCGCCCAUCGUAGACCCGACGGAAAGACCGCAGUGCCUCGAAUGUGACCAGCUGUUCCCUGAGUCUUAUCUCUUCGACACAUUUGGAUACAAUGUGUGCGACGAGUGCAGGGAUGACGAGGGUGCGCACGAUCUAAUUACACGCACUGAGGCGAAGAACACAUUCCUCUUGAAGGAUUGCGACCUAGACCUGCGGCCUCCACCUCUACGCUUCGUGCGGCGUCGCAACCCGCACGGCUCGCGACUGGGCGACAUGCGUCUGUACCUGCGCGCGCAGGUGGUAGCACGCGCACGCUUGGUUUGGGGUUCGGACGAGGCCCUGGAGGAGGAGCGGGCACGCCGUGAGGAGGCGCGGGUGCGCGCGCGACAUACGCAGACGUCGAAACGACUGCGCGCGCUGCGAAUGGACGUGCGCUCCAGUCUGUUCGAUAAAUCGCGAGCCGUGCACGAGCAUACUUUCGGCGAGGAGAAGUACGACGAGGCCACCGAUUUAUAUUCGCGUUCCUGUGCUUGUGGUCACACCGAAACUUAUGAAAAAAUGUAAAGGAAGUGUGUAAUUCUUCUAUAAAUGAACUUGAUUUUUUCAUAGUUGUUUUCAGCUUUGGAAUAGUUUGGUUUCGGCAGUCUAUAUUGGUCCUGGCAUCAGACUAUUAUUAAAUAAAGUACCGUAGUCUACAACUUUGCUAAAAAAUAGACAAGAAAAGUUUUGUAUGUGUAAAAUACUAUUUAAAAAAACUAGGAAUCUACAUAUAGGUCUGUUAAAUUAAGUUUACUUCUACCUCAGAAUUUAUAAUGUAACUUGGGAAACCGCCUGUAGUGUGUAAGAUUGCGUUUACAGUUUAAGGAAAUACAAUUAAUUUUGUGAUACAAUUUAUAAGACAAUGACGAAAAAUGUUAUGUAAAAAUUAAUAAUAUCACCUGUGUAGUUAUUCGAAUUUAGAUAUUUACCUAAUAUUGUCUUAAAAUAGUUAAUCAUCUGAGGGAACUUCCUGGUUGACCCAGGUAUCUCAGUGGUGUGGAUAUUAAUAAUUAACUAUAAAAUUAAAAAUAAAAUAAAAAAGA